AUGCCCCAUCCUCACCCAUCGGUGCACAUAAUCCCUGAAGAGCCUGAGGCCCAGCACACAAAGGAGCUGUUGCUAUGGGUCUCUCCCCUCACCAUUCUCCUGAAAGCCUUUGCUCAGACAGACCUCAAUGGGAAGGUGUUUGUGUUCCCUAGAGAACCUUCUGGUGAUCACGUGAACUUGAUCACAGAGGUUGAGAAACCUCUGCAGAACUUUAUGUUGUGUUUUUGAGCCGAUAGUGACCUCUCCUGAGCCUAUAGCCUCUUCUCCUACAGCAUCCAAGACAAUGAUAAUGAUUUUAAAGAAAGAGCUGGAAAGCACACUCUGUACAUUGAAAGAACCACAGUUACCUUCAGACUUAUGGAGGAGUUCUCCCUGGUGCACAUCUGUACCACCUGGGAGACCUCCUCAGGCAUUGCUGAAUUUGGGGUCAAUCGGAAGCCUCUGGUGAGAAAGGGCCUGAGGCAGUGUUAUUCUGUGGGAGCUCACCCCAAGAUUGCCCUGGGGCAGGAACAGGAUUCCCGUGGAGGAAAAUUUGAGGAGAGCCAGUCGUUUGUGGGAGAGCCUGGGAAUCUGUACAUGCAGGAUGGCUGGCUGACUGCAGAAGAUACGCUGCUUGUGUAUCAGGGCUCCACCCUCAAUCCCAACAUCCUGGUGAACUAUGAGGUGAAGGGAGGUGUAGUCAUCAAGCCUCUAAUUGUGGGGCUGAAAUAUUGA